AAGACCAAGCUGUAUACUCCCCAACACCCACGAGACUAGCGACCAACCAAGAUGCCGGUCAGAGUAGUUCCUAGAGAGGAUGAACAGGUCGACGACGAAAGACAAGGCGUCGACUUUGCUACUGCCGUCUCCAACUGUCCUCCCACGGCUGAACGUCCCCAAGCAAUCGACAUUGAUGUCGACAUCUACAAGCCUAGCAUCGCUCGCGCGAACGUGGCCCCAUCGACCGAGCAGCCCGAGGGCAGUGCCGAAUAUGUCGACGCCCUAGACCUCAAGGACUACACCGUCCUCCAACAACACUGCAUGUUCUGGGAUCGCGACAGGGAUGGCGUGAUCUGGCCACAAGACACCUUCAUUGGCUUCUACGAACUCGGCUUCAACCUCUUUUUCUGCUUUUUAGCGACACUCGUCAUCAACCUCAACUUCUCGUACCCGACCCGUCUCGGUGUCUCCUACAUUCCUGACCCCUACUUCCGGCUGUAUCUGCCGUCCAUCCACAAGGCCAAGCACGGCUCGGACUCGGGCACGUACGACAAGGAAGGCCGAUUCGUGCCGCAGGCGUUUGAGGACAUGUUCAGCAAGUGGGACAGGGGCGACAAGGGCGCGCUGUCGGCGGGCGAGCUGUGGAACAUGAUAGCUGCCAACAGGCUCGCUGCGGACCCGUUCGGUUGGGCUGCGGGCAUCUUUGAGUUUGGGGUGACGUGGUUGCUGGUGCAGCAGGACGGGAUGGUGGACAAGGAGGAUCUGAGGAGGAUUUAUGAUGGCUCCAUGUUCUUCAAAAUCAGGGAGGCCUACCGCACCGAAAAGGGAUGGAACAAGGGUUUCGGCCUCCGCGAGUUCUUUAACCUGGGCCGGGAGCAGUGGGCUAAGAACAAGAACAGGUGCCCCUCGUUGGAUAGCGUUGUCAGUAAGGUUGAGAAGACUGUUACGCAAAAGUUGCACAGGGCCUGAACGCACAAAAGAAGGAACAUGGCCGCACAAAUCCUUGGUCCUGCCAACAUUCGAACAUAGACAUACGAGCAUAACCGGGAUUUUAGAGGUAUAACACUAUAGACUCGUCAAUAUAGCUGCCGAAAACAUGCGCAUUGCCGUUCUGGUGUGUAG